CGGGCUGCAUGUAGCGGAGUUCUCUCAUCCACCGCCUCCAUAUUGAGGAGGCUGCGGGGCUGGCGGCGGGAUCUUUCCUGGGCACUGCCAGGGGGUGGAAGGGCAGGCCCCGAGUCCUUGCAAAGGGUGGUUCCAGGGGCUGCGCUUAGAGAAGUAGCGCUGGGGCUUGGUAGCGGUGCAUAAGGCAUAGAGGCAAUUGGGGGUGGGGGACGUUGCUGACGGCUGGGCAUGCCUGGGCUCUGAGCAGCGCCUUGCCUUCUGGGGUCCUUGCUCUUGGGGGGCUCCAGCUGCCGAGGGUCUUGUGGGUUGUGCCUUUUGGAAGAAGGUAGCUUGAGUAACAGGGGAGAGGUUAGGGGGCGCUUGGGUCUGGGGGGUGUUAUUUGCGUUGGGGUCAGCCCCUUUUGGGGUGUAUCUCUGAAGGAAGCUUGUAAGGCUGAGGGUGGCUCUCCCCCAACUUGGGGCUUUUGAAGGGGGUGUUCCCCUGGAGCAGCAGCGUGUCUGGAUCCUCACAGUGCAGGUCCCUUCACACGUGCACGCUCUGUCAGCUGGGGGGGGGGGGGAAACAAAGGUUACUUGAGGCCGCAGGGCUGUUUCCGUCUCCUUGCUGGAAGAGUUUGGGCUGCUUGAGGAAGCUGCACCUUCCGGCCCAGGAGAGGCGCUUGGUGCUCAAGGGUCCCUAUGUGGUGACCCGUGUUGCCUGGAGGCCUUUGAGGGGCACCCUAGUGUGGGUAGAGCUUUGAGAAGGUGCGUUUGUGACCUGCAAAGAUGGCUUGGGCUCUGAAGUUACCCUUGGCCGAUGAAGUCAUCGAAUCGGGUCUGGUUCAGGAUUUCGAUGCCAGCCUCUCGGGUAUUGGCCAGGAGCUGGGUGCUGGCGCCUACAGCAUGAGCGAUGUCCUGGCCUUGCCCAUCUUCAAGCAAGAAGAAUCCAGCUUGCCUCCUGAUAAUGAGAACAAAAUCCUGCCGUUCCAAUAUGUGCUGUGUGCGGCCACUUCCCCUGCUGUGAAACUCCAUGAUGAAACUCUCACCUAUCUCAAUCAAGGUCAGUCCUAUGAAAUCAGAAUGCUGGACAACAGGAAAAUGGGGGAAUUGCCUGAAUUGAAUGGGAAGCUUGUAAAGAGUAUAUUUCGAGUGGUGUUCCAUGACAGACGGCUUCAGUACACUGAGCAUCAGCAGCUCGAAGGCUGGAGGUGGAAUAGACCAGGGGAUAGAAUACUUGACAUUGAUAUUCCAAUGUCUGUGGGAAUAAUUGAUCCCAGGGCAAACCCGACGCAGCUGAAUACUGUAGAGUUUCUUUGGGAUCCCUCAAAGAGGACUUCGGUGUUUAUUCAGGUACAUUGCAUCAGUACAGAGUUCACAAUGAGGAAACAUGGCGGAGAGAAGGGCGUGCCAUUCCGAGUCCAGAUUGACACCUUUAAGGAGAAUGAGAAUGGCGAAUAUACAGAACACCUGCAUUCUGCCAGCUGUCAGAUCAAAGUCUUCAAGCCCAAAGGAGCCGAUAGGAAGCAAAAGACGGACAGGGAGAAAAUGGAGAAGCGAACGCCUCAAGAAAAAGAGAAGUAUCAGCCAUCGUACGAGACGACGAUACUUACAGAGUGUUCUCCAUGGCCAGAGAUCACCUAUGUCAAUAAUGUAUCAUCCCCUGGCUUUAGCAGUUCGCACAGCAGCUUUUCUAUCAGCGAAGGAAACGGGUCUCCAAAUCACCAACCUGAACCUCCUGCUCCGAUUACAGAUAAUCUUCUGCCAACAUCCACACCUCAAGAAGCUCAACAGUGGCUGCACCGAAACCGCUUCUCUACUUUUUCACGGCUUUUCACAAACUUCUCAGGGGCUGAUUUAUUGAAGCUAACCAGAGAAGAUGUCAUACAGAUCUGUGGUCCUGCGGACGGCAUCAGGCUCUUCAAUGCAUUAAAAGGACGGAUGGUACGGCCAAGACUGACUAUCUACGUCUGCCAAGAGUCACAGCAGUUGCGGGACCAGCAGAAACAUGAGGAUGGGGAUGCAGCCAACAGUACUUUCUUCGUCUAUCAUGCCAUCUACUUAGAGGAGUUGACUGCUGUGGAGCUGACAGAGAAAAUCGCCCAACUCUUCAGCAUUUCCUCGCAACAGAUAAGCCAGAUCUACAAACAAGGUCCCACAGGGAUACAUGUCCUCAUCAGCGAUGAGAUGAUACAGAACUUUCAAGAUGAGUCAUGUUUUGUCUUGGACACAAUGAAAGCUGAAACCAAUGACAGUUACCACAUCAUCUUAAAAUAAACAGGAGACUUGAGCAUAACCACCUCUCCUCGCGUGUACUCAGCUUCAUCGUCUGUCUCGGCACCUGGAUACCGACAAGAUAUCCGCAAAAGCAACUGAGAUUCAUCUUGUUACCACAGCAUGUUGCCUCUUGUUAGGUGAACACCCUGUAUCGUUGCUGGCAUGCAGGUAGACGUCUGUUGUAAGCACGCCACUGCUUGUUCAGUGUUCGACAACAUGGCUACAAGUGCCAGGCUGAUCAGAGAAUGGAAACUUUGCAAUUAUGUAUCAUUGGUUGGGGAAGAGCUGCCUAUCAAGUAUGGCUGCAGCACUUUGGGGGGUGGGAAUGUUUGUGAUGACAGUGCUCAGGGCACCCCUGGAGGCGAGCAUCCAUUCAGGGAAGCCUGUUCGUCUCAGCUUUGCAAGCUUUCUGGAUAUGGACUUGGCUGGUAAAGCCAAGGGGAUUUCCAGGUUUUGGACCAAUUUUUAGAUAAUGACUUGGUUCUUGUUCGGACUACUUCAAACCUCACUGAUUUUUAGGUAAGGAGAUGCGUGUGUGUGAGUGAUCUAUGGUUUUGUUUCUUCCCUGCCAGUAUAAAUUAGAAGGAACUCCUGAGUUUAUUAAUUGUAGCAUGGGAAAGAGCUGCCCGUGGCUUUAUUCUACACUCCAAGAGAUUCCUGACUGCAAAAAAGAAAAUGGCUCACUGGAUAUCAUCAGCUGGCUUUCUGUUUCUUUAUAAACACCUUAUCCCCUUCCUUAGAUGAGGCAAAGAAGGGGAAAAGAGGAUGCUAAGAGGACCUAUGUGGCUGAGGUAUUUGGGGUAUAUGGAACUGACACAGACCAGUACUGGAUGAAUCGUUCAGAAGGCCGUUGUAGCAUUAUUCAGGAAAGGGCUGGUAGUGGCAACAGCAGAGGCCAUGGAAGCUCCAUGGAGACCAAGUGCCUGCCUCUCUGUUUCCAGAGUAGCAACCAAUCUCUUGGGUAAAGGCAUCCACCUUCUGAAACAGAUUCCAAAAUGCAUCUUCCUAGCCUUGUAGGGAAAGACGGAGGGAAGGGACUGCUACAGUUUCAAAGAUGAUGCCCUGAAACCAAGGGUGGGCAACUUGUUGGAGGGAUGAAUCUUGCUUCUCCUUAGCCUUCCAGCACCCUUAUCAAACUGACAUUCAGAAAGCUCCUGGUUUCUUGCAUCACCUUGCUGCAUGAUGCAGUGAUAUCAUGGAAUUCGGAGGCCAGAGAGCUGUAAGUUAAUGUCUCCUGUGCUCCAUCCAAGCAAGGGAUGUGGGGGAAAGCUAAUUACGUAUAUUUCUUCCCAGGUAUAGUUUUUGUCAGUUUUACAUGUUUUUUAACCAAGAGACGAGGGUUUUUAAAAUUAAUUGGGUUUCUACUAAUAUAGUAUGGUGUCCUAAUGAGGUGGCAGGAACUUGGGUUUGAUCAAAUUAAAAACAAUAAUGCAGAGGUGGGGAGUAAACUCUGAUAAUUGCUCCUCGUUGGCACUCACGUGGUUAAAAUGCCAGUUCCCACCAUAGGCAAAUCAAUGAAGAUCAGCUUCUUUUUCAGUCUGUCCCCAUUCAGUUGCCAUUGGGGAUUGGAAUCCAUAAUCAUGGCACCACUCGCUCAGUCUUACUUCUGCAAACCUGACCAGCCAAAGGUUGUACUGUGGUUUGCUUUAAGGGAAUAAACAAGACCCUGAUAUGUGUGGCCUAGCAGUGUGCCUGAUCAGACAAUGAUGGGACAAAGUGAUGUCACAAUAAGCCCCUGCAUCGAAUGAAGCCAAAUCAACUUGUUUUCAGUUCCUUGUAACGACCAGCUGACUCACACACAGAGGAAAUCCUCCCCCACGAACUCCCAAACUUGCUCUGCAACCAAAGGGGGUGCGGAGCAAGUGACAAAGCUUGUGCUGCUUUGGGUUUUGUGGUACCUUAUUGGGAAGAGGGUGAUGUUAUCCAGUCUGCCAGCAGUACUGAGUCUGCCAUGCUAAAGUGGCAAUUGAAUUCUUUCCUUCACCCUCCCAAAUUCUGCCCUUGAAAGCCCCUCAUCCAUAAGGGCAACUCGCGAGUUGGCUGUUUCUUCCUGGCACUGUAAUAGUUGGUGUCAUACUUCUUGUUCUGGUUUUUUGUUAAACUAGAGAAUGAAACUAUGAACUCAAA